AAGAAGAGGAAUGUAGAAGUGAUCAUGUGAAGCAGCAUCCCUGAAGGAGGAGGACGUGUCUUUGUUUACCUUGACCACUCUGGCCGUGUUGUUGACAUCACCACCAUGGCCAACAACGUGCCACUACUCGACAAUGAAGAGCCUUUAGACUUUGGGGAAGAGGACUUACCAAAGGGAAGACUUAAGCACCCAGUGGUAACGACCUUCCACCUCCUCUUCCGCACUGCAGCCCUUGUGGUGUACGAGUUCUGUGGAAUAUUCUCCUCUAAUUUUAUUGGGCCAUUCAUAUUAAUUGUGGUGCUUCUCUCUCUAGACUUCUGGACAGUCAAAAAUAUCACAGGUCGCUUAAUGGUUGGGCUCAGAUGGUGGAAUUACAUUGAUGAUGAAGGACAGAGCCACUGGGUCUUUGAGGCCAAAAAAGGUGGUCUUCAGGGCCGGGUGACCAAGAUGGAGGUGAGGAUAUUCUGGGUGGCUCUGGUGGCCUUCCCUGUGCUGUGGUCCAUCAUCCUCCUCAUAGCUGUGGUGUUCAGCAGGUUCCAAUGGGCUAUAAUAGUUGUAAUUGCCCUCACCUUGAGUGGAAGUAACUUGUAUGGAUAUGUGCGGUGCAAGAUGGGCAAGUCAGACAGCAUUUCCCAGUCCUUCAAAAACAUGGCUGCAGGAUUAGUUCAGAAGCAAAUGGUAUCCAAUGUUACGAGCAUGUUCACCCGAGCUCCGCCCACAGCUACACCGAGCAGUACUGUGUGAACUGCUGCACAACCACUAUUCAUAAUAUUUCCUAGGUGUCAAUAAAUCUAUCACAUCUUGGUCUUCAUGUUAGAUAUAUUUAUACAAAGAGAUAAACUGCAAAUUAUCUCUCAGAGUGGAUACCAAGAUUUUUGCAAGAUGGGAUGUAUGAAAUGUAUAUACAUAUUAUAUAUAUACAUGUAUACCGGUUUUCAAGCUUUAUAAAGCAUCAUACUGUUGCUUAAAUUAUAAGUGUCCACUUAUUGUUCCAGUAGUUAUACUUGAAAUCCCCUGGAGGGCUUUGCAUUUUGGUGAAAUCCAAGUGUAUUAUUGUUGACGAGUGUGGACAUGAGAGCCUUUGGCAGCAUUUGUUUGCUUCACAUGCAUCAUGGAAUGUAAUGGUUGCCUUGUUUUGACUGUCGCAUCAUUUAGUAUUUCAACGGUUUGAGUUUUGACAUUCCAUUGGUUUUGUGUGUUGUGUGUGAGAUGAUGGGUACUUAAGUGUGACCUUCAUAUUCCUUUAAUUUUAGUGUUGCUCAGAAAUGUGUGCUUCAGAUGUUGCUUACUACUUCAUGUUUCUAUAUUUUUCCAAGAUGAAAUGUUACCCUCCUGCCAAUAAAUAUUUAUUUAAAUGUGAAAUGGAACAUAGUAUGAAAAGUUUGAUAUGCUUUCUGUGUAUGUAAUGUGGACCUUUUGAAAAAAAAUCUUACUAUGUUGUUAACUGCUGAUUUGAAUAUAAGUGGGGAAAUGUACUACAUAAUAAUAAAAUCUUCUGCUACAGAAAAAUAAAAAGAUUUAAUUA